AUGAGCGCUCAGCACUACGACAAGAUCGUACUCUCCAAACAAGACCUAGCGCAUCUUUACCGUCAAUUUCUCGUGGCUUCACAAGCCAAAAUUCAGCAUCAUCUUCCCGUAUCUGAUCGUCAUGAUCCUCUACGUGUGGAAGUUGAGAACAUUGUCAACGACAACCUUGCUGCGGCGUUCGAAAUGGCCAAACUGGCGUUUAUCGUGGAUGGCCGUGAUUUGGCCGAGGAAAACGUGCUGAUUCGUGACAUUCUUGCGCUUCAGCCAUUAGAGGAAGUAGUUCCUUUUGAUACAGAAUUGAACCAGAAGCUUAGAGCGGUUAUCCAGCUGGUAGAAAAGGAGACCACUGAGGUCACAAGACUCCGACGUGAACUCCCGCAGCAGGCCCGCGACGCUUACGAGUCGCUAGUAGCAUCCACAGAUCAGGAAGUGACCUCUAUCAUAAAGGAGUUGGCUGACGUUGAGCCCGAAAUAGUAGACAUCCCAACCAUGGAAGAGACGAUUCCAAAUGCCGAUGGUAUUGUGCAAGAUCUCGAAGAAAGCAUCAAGUCCCUUGCAGGGCUCAAGAGUGCACUUCCGCGUCAGCAGGCCCAGUUGGACUCAUUGGAUCAAACAAUAACCUUUUUGGAGGAGAGUUAUAGAAGGCAACAAGCUGAGAGAAGUUGA